GUUCCUCUGCCAUUCACGCCCGUCGUCGUACCCAUCUCUCCAUUCCCUCUCCCUCGCCCCCGCUCCCACCACCGGCACCAUGGCGGGCUGGUUCGCAUCCUCCAACUCGGCCUUGGACGAGCAGGUCGAGCGCGCCACCUCCUCCAGCUUAGAGGACAUUGCGCUCAACCUCGAGAUUUCCGACAUCAUCAGAUCCAAGACGGUCCAGCCCAAGGAAGCCAUGCGUUCGCUCAAACGCCGGAUAGGCAACAAGAACCCGAACGUCCAACUGGCCGCGCUUAACCUCACCGACACAUGCGUGAAGAAUGGCGGUGACCAUUUCAUCACCGAGAUCGCGUCCCGCGAGUUCAUGGACAACCUGACGUCGCUCCUCAAAACCUACGGGCCCGCUGAGACGAAUCAGGAAGUCAGGCUCAAGAUACUCGAGCUGAUACAAACGUGGGCCAUUGCGUCCGAAGGUCGCACCCCACUGACCUACAUCGUCGAGACGUACAGGACCCUACAACGGGAAGGCUUCCAGUUUCCCCCACGUCAAGAGGUCCUCAGCAGCAUGUUCGACAGCAGUGCUCCGCCCGAGUGGACGGACUCUGAUGUCUGCCUGCGAUGUCGGACACCUUUCACCUUCACCAACCGCAAGCACCACUGUCGGAAUUGCGGCGGAGUCUUCUGUGGCGCAUGCUCCGGGAAAUCUCUUGCUCUGCCUCAUCUAGGAAUAAUGCAACCUGUGAGGGUGGACGACGGUUGCUACGCCAAACUGACGGACAAGAGCCGGGCGAUGCCAGUACCCAGAGGCUUUGACGCCGCGAAGCCUGCAAAGACAUUAUAUCAAGGGUCGCUGGAACCGAGGAGCGCGAGGGUGGAAGACAGUUUCGAUGCUGAUCUCAAGAGGGCGCUGGAGAUGAGCUUGGAAGAAGUCAAGGGCCAGCAGUCGGGUUCGGGAUACGUUCCGCAGUCGCAAGUACAGACGAGCACGGCUGCCCCACCUGCUACGAAUGGAGCGUCGGCAGCUCAGGAAGAGGAGGAUGACCCGGAGUUGAAGGCGGCAAUAGCUGCUUCGCUAGCAGAUAUGGAGGAGCAGAAGAAGAAGCACGCGGCCCAACUGAAGCAACAAUCGUCAUCCGCCGUUGGCGCCCCGGUUGUCGCGCCGCCCAGGAACGACUAUGAAUUGACCCCGGCCGAGGCGGAAAACAUAAGUUUGUUCUCCACUCUCGUCGAGCGGUUACAGCACCAACCGCCUGGCACCAUUCUUCGCGAACCGCAGAUCCAGGAGCUGUACGAGAGCAUAGGGAAGCUCAGGCCGAAGCUUGCUAGAACAUACGGCGAGACGAUGAGCAAGCAUGACACACUUUUGGAUCUGCAUGCCAAGCUGUCGACUGUGGUACGCUAUUACGAUCGCAUGCUUGAGGAGCGUCUCUCAAAGACAUACGCUGGCCCUGCCGGCUAUGGAUUUCAACCGCCUGCGUCCAACCUCUACCCCAGCAUACCGACGGGUAUUCCGGAAGGUCCUUCCGGCGCCGAGAGUUUCUACACCGGCAAUCCCGAUCCUUAUGCGCGCCCUCAAUCAAAUUUCAACCCAUACCCUCCUCAACCGCAGUCUCCUUACAUGCACCGGGCGUCUAUGCCGCCGGGUGUCUUCCCACAGCAACCACCUCAGGAUGCCCAAUAUCCGCCGCAGGCCCAGCCUCAGGGACCAUAUCCCAACAUGCAAGGCUAUGGCGUCCCACCUCAAGCUGCGCAGCAAAGGCCGCCCAGCACCGUUGCUGCCGAUGGCUCCCCACAACUCCAACGCCGCGCCACGGGCCAAUUCACUCCCUCGCAACCCCCGAUGUCAGCAAUCCCCGACGACCCGAAUGCGGCAUACUACUACAACCAGCCUUCAGCCGCUCCCUCAGCACCCCCAGCAGAGACGCAUGCCCCACCGCCUCAACAAGCACCCGCGCAGCCGUCCGCGCCACCGCAACCCUCGAGCCCGGAGAUGUACGCUCAGACACAGCCGUCUGCCCCUCAGCAGGCAAGCCAACCCCCGCCUCCGCAAGCGCAGGCACAGCUGCCACAGCCGCAGGGGCAAUAUUGGCCACAUCAACUGCCGCCGCAGGCACAGGCGCCGCCCCCGCAGCCACAGCAGCAGCAGCAGCAGCAGCCUUACUGGCAGCAAUACCAGGCACCGCCCCCACAUCAGCCGAUGACAUACUCGGCGGACGCGUUCCCGAGCGCACCACAGCACGCGCUGCCGCCCGUGCAGCCGGCGGUGCAGCAUAAGGAGGAGGCGCUGAUUGAGUUGUGAGAUAUGAGAAGAUCGGCCCGGUAGCCGCGCCAUACAGUCAGUCAUCCGAGACUCCUAUUGGUAAUAGUUCCACCAAUAUGAGUCGCGCCAGGUCAUGAACAACAGCUUGAGACGAGUAAAGCACGAGUGUUGAUUCCCGAGGUAGACGCGGUGGUGAUGGUUCAAGGGCCUUGGGCGUUGGUGUUGUGGCGAUGAUGCCCGGGGCUGGCUGGCUUUUGGGCAAUUAUAGUAGAAGGGCAUGUCCCUGUUUCUGGCGGGAGCCGACGGCCUUGGUCUCGAGAACAGUAAUCUAUCUUUUGACUACUUUUUGGAUGGCUGAUGGUCGUGUUUUGUGAUGUUGGAUGCGUGAU